AUGUCUCUGAUGUUCAAACAAAAACAAUUCGUAUCGUAUUGUUGACAUAUGUUAUUCGUAUAGGGAUCAGAAAAAAAGGAUACGGUGAACCGUUACCCGAAACGUAUUUCAUAACACGUUAUGGAUCCUGCAGACAUUCCCGAGUCUAUUGUGGCUAACAGAUUCACAGAUAAUAAUCUUUAGCAUGUUAGAGUUAGUCAAAAUCACCCAGAUAGCAAAACAUAUGAAAGUUAAAUCGGCUGCGAGCUUCAAUUGUUCGUUAAAGCGAUAUGGUUUACGUAAAAAUGCUGAAUUGUUAAUCAGAGGGCCUAAAGAAAGCAGUCUAACAAAACAAAACGGAUGUAGAUUUAUUCGGUUGCGGCAAAUGUAUCUGCAAACAUGGAUAUUCGCGAUAGCGCAUAUAAUUACUUAUGCUCAAUAUACCAUCGCCAAACGCGGAUUAUGCAACGGCUACAAGUCUGGCGAGGAUGAUCUUCAGACAUUCGACUUUAUUAGCAAGCUGAAAUUGGAUCUGCUAGAUGCCCGUUACAACGGCAUGACGAAGGUUCGGGGCAGCAAUCGCAUGCAGACUGCAUACCGGCUGGAAAGAGACACUGAUGUCACCCUCCCGACGAAGAACAUCACACCGAACGGGCUUUCAGAGGAGUUCUCUUUGGUGUAUACGUUGAGAGCUAGAAAAUCACCGAAGUAUCCUUGGCACAUCAUUAAGAUCGUGGACGCGAAAGGCGACGCUCAGCUUCUCAUCACGAUGAAUUCCAGGAAGCGAACACUGGAUUUUUCAUCGAUCGACCAUGAGGGAAAAUUACAGACGGUCUCUUUCGUGAAUGAUCGCGUGUUCGACAGGGGUUGGCACAAGGUAAACUUCGGGGUGUUCAAGGAUAAGCUGGUUCUUAACGUCGACUGCGAAUUCGCUGGCGUGGAAGAUCUAAAACCGCGCGGGCCGAUUAAAGUCGAUGGGAACAUAUCGAUAGCCAAAAUGAGCAAUAGUAAGAUAACUGUACCGAUCGACGUGCAAUGGAUGGUUCUAAACUGCGAUCCAACGAGACACGAGAGAGAAACGUGCGAAGAGCUACCGAAGACCAUAGCCGCAGCCUCUCUGCUUCAAAUAACACCCAGCUGUGACACGAUUUGUCCGCAAGGACCACAUGGAUUCAACGGUACAGACGGAUUGCCCGGUCCACCCGGAGCUCCGGGAUCAAUUGGUGCGUCAGGCUCGCCUGGAUUUCCAGGUCCGCGUGGCCCGCCGGGAGAACAAGGAAGAACAGGAGCCCCAGGUAACACUGGUGCCAGAGGUUUUCCGGGAUUGCAAGGUUCAAAAGGAGCGAUCGGACCCGCGGGACCGUCGGGAUUACCAGGAUCACCAGGACGAAAGGGUGAAAGAGGGGAUAUGGGAUUUCCGGGUUUGAAAGGAGAUCAGGGUCCUCGAGGAUUUCCGGGUCCGCCAGGGAAUAUGAGCGAUUUUCUUUAUCCUGUUGGAUCACCAGGAUACAAGGGUGAGAAAGGUGAACGGGGAGACAAUGGUGUUCAAGGACAGCCGGGUGAGAAAGGCGAACCUGGAGACAAAGGAUAUCCGGGAUUAGAUGGAUCUCGCGGUCGUGACGGAGCGCCUGGAUUGCAAGGUUCCCCCGGGAACAGAGGACAAACGGGAUUACCCGGCCUUCAAGGUCCACCAGGCCAUAGUAUAAGUGAGGCAGAAAUUCGCGAUAUCUGCGCCACUGUUCUGAGAGAAAGACUGAAUGAACUAACAGAGGGUCUACGAGGGCUACCCGGAUUACCGGGACCGGCUCGACACGGCCGUCCCGGUCGAGCCGGAAAGCGGGGCAUCCCAGGCGACCCGGGCCCACCGGGUUUACCAGGGGAACGUGGAUUCGUCGGUUUACCUGGCUCGCAGGGUCCCAUCGGUCCGCAGGGACCACCUAGUGAACGUGGAGAAAAGGGGGACAGAGGUCCCGAGGGAAUCGGUUUGGAAGGUCCGCCUGGUCCACCGGGUCUAUCAGGGCCUCCUGGUAAUGACGGCGUUGGUUUACCUGGAAGACAGGGAGAUAGAGGUGAACCAGGCAGACCAGGUGUUCCUGGUGCGAGGGGACCGCCAGGAGUGCAGGGACCGCCCGGAUACUGCGAAUUCUGCAAUUAUCCUGGCAGCAAUUACCUGCACAAUCGUGGCAAUGAGAAAGGUCCUUAAUCAGCAGGAACCAAUAUUUCUAUAUGCGUAGCAGAAGGAACGUUGCGGAGAAAGAUUAUAAAACAAAAUUAUCAUUCGAUGUAUCUUCUGACAUUGAGCGUUUUUAUAAUUUAGUAACAUCGAACUGAAAAUCUCUCACGACGAAGCACUGCCACGUAAAGCUAGCGUUUCUCUAAAUUACAAUUUAGCUUACUUUGAUCAGAGGUUUCUCUCUGCUUUGAUGUAUUAUUUAAUAAAGCUUAUUGCUUCUUGAUGCGUAA